AUGGCCGCGCAGAACACCUCAGCUAUCCAGUUUACGAGCCCCUCAAUUGAUUACGAAUUCUGGAAGGACUUCACCGACGAAGAAUGCACGUGGCUGUACGCGCCGCUGACGUCCUUGGGCCUGGAUCACGAGUUCUGGAAGGAUUUCUCCGAGGAAGACUGCACCUGGCUGUCUGGCCCUCUGGGAUUCUCGAUGGGUGAAGACACCUCCAUUGAGCACGCGUUCUGGGAGGACUACAGCGACGAGGAACAAACCAAGAGGCGGCAGCAGCGGCUGCACGCCGUUGCGGUGCGCGUGGGGCGGUUGAACGAGGACGAGCAGAGCACUGCGCGCUCCCCCCGUGCGUCGCUGGGCUUCUCCCCGCUGCGACCCACCAAGCCCGUGACUCAGCCGCGCAGCAACACGCCCACGCCCACGCACGUCAUGGGUGCACGCGCUGCUGCCACCACCACUGCUGCUUUGAAGAGUGCUGCUGUCAGCAGCACUGCUGUUGAGACUGCUUCCGUGAAGAGCGUUGCUGUGAAAAGCGUUCCUGUGAAGGCCGCAGUUUCAGCAGGCAAGGGAACGCGUGCAUCUGCAGCUGCACCAGCCAAGGCCGCUGCUGCUAGAAGCGUUGCUGUUAAGCCUGCAGCUGCAGCAGCUAAAGGAGCGCCAGCCAAGGCCACUCGUGUGACGCCUGCAGGUGCUGUGAAGAGCGCUGCAGUGAAGAGCGUUAAGCCUGCACCUGCCGCAGCUAAAGCAACGCCAGCCAAGGCCACUCGUGUGACUCCUGCAGCUGCUAAGAGUGUUGCUGCAAAGAGCAGCCCAGUGGGGUCGAUUCCAACAAAAGCAGCGGGAGAGAAGGUGAGGGAGCAGGACAAUGGGAGGGCAGCACAUACGGCGGUGCGUGCAGCAGCAGGGAAGGCGGCGAUGGGAGGGGUGGAGGCUGCAGGAGGGCGAGCAGCAGGUGUGGGGUGGGGUUCAGGGCGUGGUGGCGGUGGUGCGAGUGGCAUACCUCAGCCUGGGCAAAGCAGGGCAGCGCACACAGCUGCAGCGGCUAAGGCAGUGCAGGCUGCGCCUCACAGCACUCGUAAACCAGCUGCUCCAGCAGCAGCAGUGGCCGCCUCUCGCAUUCCCACGCCACGCACAUCAGCAGCAGCCAGUGGCAUUCCCAAGCCACGCAGCACAGCAUCCAAGAGAAGCAGUGAACGGUGA